AUGGACUCACAACCAAGAGUCGCGUUAGUGACAGGCUGCGGGGGCUCUAUCGGAUGGUCAACCGUAAACAACUUACUGCGCGAGGGCUGGAUCGUACUCGGUUUAACGCGACAAAGGAAGACACUGGAGUCGACGCGGGGUCCCUGUCCGCAAAACCUAUUCUUGUUUGAACUUGAUGCUCGUUCCGCAACCUCAGAGGAUUUUCACUCCAAACUUUCGUUGCUAGUGUCUGCCUGGGAGAAGUUUCCGCGCAUUCAGCUCGUAGUAAAUAUUGCUGCCAUAUGCCCGAAAAACUGGGACGCCUUUACACUUUUGGAAACUUUCUCUGUCAAUGUCGUGUUUCCGCAGCGACUCUACGAGGUUUUUCACUAUCUGGACAUGAGGCACUACCCUGAGCCCUGUUCAGUCAUAAAUGUGAGCUCAGGUGACGGGGAACUGUGCUUCUUUAAUUCAUACUGGCGCAGGGCUAUCGAGCAGUUGGAGAGUUAUGAUGAGCUGACCGAUUUUAUGCACGCAGUGGUCGAGCGAGUUGAUCAGGCCGGUCUUCAGCCAUAUGCAGUCGUCCACGGUGACGAACCUGCGUAUCGGCUGUCAAAGGCUUUGUUAAACCGGCUAACUCUUUUACAAGCUCGGACGGCGCCAUCGCAUAUUCGAAUAGAUGCAAUUUGCCCCGGUGACGUGAAGUCGAACAUGAAUCCACUUGGAGGUCAGCGCGAACCCUCCGCUGCAGCAAAAGAUAUCCUUCAACUGGCUGAGCUUCAGCAUCGCAUCGUAAGGGAGCGCUGCUCUUCUCGCUAUCCGCAUUUUUGGCGAUUGGGGAAACCCAUUCCAUUUUAG